CCUCGUCCUCUGCUCACGGUUUAAUUGGAGCGCUGGUGAGGGGCAGGGCCGAGCCUGGCAUGGAACGGAGAGAGGACAAUGUCCUCAGCAUCUCCACCUCCAGAUUUACAACAUGAAGCAUCCAAGGAGAAAGAUUAUCGAGUUCCAGGCCUGCGAAGUGUCCGGACUACCACUCUGUUCCGUGCUGUGAACCCGGAACUUUUCAUUAAACCUAACAAACCUGUUAUGGCUUUUGGGCUUAUCACAAUUACACUUUGCGUAGCCUACAUUGGGUACUUGCACGCACAGCAAGAGAAUAAAAAGGACAUCUAUGAAGCUAUUGACAGUGAGGGAAACAGAGAGACAAGGCGGAAGACUUCAAAAUGGGACUAAACAAGUAACAAAAUGGUGUGUAUGAAUCAUUGUAGAAGAGGAGACAAAUAACUGCAGCUUUCUGAAUUUUUUUCUGAAUCAGCAUUUUUAAUGCAAUAAUGAUUGUUUUCCUUGAAAUGUAAUCCAAUUUAAUCAACAGUAUAAAAUGUUAUUGCCUGUAAAUUCUGUGAAUAAAAC